ACGCAAUCUCAUUGCAAGACACUCGUAUGGAAAAUGUCUCUCAUCAUGCAGCAUCCUUACCAUCAGACCACCUGUGAGCCGAGAACCCCCGACACCUCCCUGCACACACCCUUGCUGCUGAUGCUGCAGCCUGCAACCAACAGCAUCGGUUGCGAGCCCACCGUUGGAGGUGCAUUGCAACGGCGAUGCAGAAGCAACUGCACAAAGCAAUUUGAAAGUUUCGCGAAGCUGAAAAAACGCCACCCGAUGAUUCCGUACCUGAUGCAAUCACAUAUUGCUUCUGACUGCCCGUCCGCUGCUCGGCGUGGGAAGGAUCAACAUGGUCGGCCUUCUUUAGGAGUGUAAAUCCACGACAAACGUCUGUUCUUCUUUUCAAAACCCAUUUGCCUGCAUCGCCAUGGCAGGCGGAAUCGACAAGACAGCCGUCGUACCCGUCGAGGCCACGCUUCUGGCUCUCGCCGUCGUUCUGACAUCACUGCGUCUGUUCCUUCGGCUGGUACUUCAGCGAACUCGGCUUACCGUCAGCGACUGGCUGCUCGUCGCCUCGGUUCUCGACGCGGUAGCUCUGUUGACGACCGACACCAUGACAUACAAACUCGGCGGCAUGGACGAGUACGAUCCCGAUGCACCACCGACGCCCGUGGCAGACGAAAUCGCGAGUAUGAAGAUUGCCUUUGCCGGCAACUACUUUUACGACACGGGCAUCUACUUCCCCAAGCUGGCCCUGCUGGCCUUUUACUACCGCUUGAUCCCUCCUACGAUGCCCAAGCUGCGUCAGUUUCUCCAUGCCGUGACAUGCGUGACGAUACUUUUCGCUAUUGCGACUUGCUUUGUCGAUACCUUCUGGUGUGGAUCCAAUGUACCGGUCAACUGGGAUCCCGAGGGCUCGUGUAGCAGUUUUACCUCGAUGGACAUAACACGCAUUGACUGGGCAUUGAACAUGACGGCUGAUCUGUUGAUCUUCUCCAUUCCCUUCUAUCUCCUGCGUGGCCUUCGAAUCAGCAGGAGGUACAUGAUCGGCCUCGUAGCUACUUUCUCUUUGGGUAUCAUCACGCUAGCCGCCAGCGUCGUUCGGUUUGCCACGAUGCAAGCCAUUCACGCAUGGACCAACGUUUAUGUACUGUCCAUGGUGGAAAUGGUAGCUGCCAUUGUUGUCGUCUGUCUGCCCGCCCUCAAGUCGCUCCUCCGCCGGGGUGAACCCAGCACCUCGAAACGCGGCCAAUCGGCCAAUACGUCUCGCAGCAGGACGUACAAUACCUAUGGCCCGGGGACGACCCACAUCAAAUUGUCGUCCGGACGGGACGCCUACGCUGCUGGCACGAGGGCUACGACGGUCGAGGAGUCUGGCAGCGAGGUGGAACUAAAUGACAUGCGGCGAGCAGAUGCCAUUUACAAGACGCAGCGCCUCAGUAUCACGUCUACUGCUCCUGCCGCUCACCACAGCCAGAUAUCCGAAUGGAUUUUGCUCGCAGUCGCCUACGUCUUCGUCGCCCUGCGCGUCUACACUCGCCUCUUCCGCCUGCGCCAGAAACUCGACUGGUCCGACUGGCUCCUCGUCGUCUCGGCCGUCGAUGCACUCGGCCUCAUCAUCUGCGACACCUUGACCUACCAGAUGGGCGUCCUGGAUGAGUGGGCGCCGUCUGUAAGACUGUCCAAGAUCUCCUUCACGUCCAACUACUUCUACGACGUCGGCAUGGUGUUCCCCAAGCUGAGCAUGCUCGCAUUCUACUGGGGCUACUUCCUCCCCGACAUCAGCCUCUCUAUGCGACGGGUCCUCUACGGCAUCACCGCCUUCGUGUGCGCGUCAUACACGGCCAUUCUAUGGGACGACACAUUCUUCUGCGGCAAGAACGUCUCGGUCCAAUGGUCUCAGGAGGACGGCGCCUGCAGCGUCUUCUACGCGCCGGAGCCCUUUAUCCUCAACUUUACACUGAACUUGGCUUGCUAUCUCGCUGUAUAUGCCCUUCCGGCGAUUUUGUUGAUCCAGGGUGUUCUUAAGCCAUCCAAGGGUCUCACGCUCACCUUCGUCCUCGGUACUCUGACCAUCUUCAGCACCGUCGUUCGCUUUGCGUGUCUCAAGAUUGGCACAGGACAAGAAAACCUCGUUUGCAAGUCAAACCCUCUUAGCAUGGUUGAGAUUACGCUCGCCCUUACAGUUGUCGCCCUUCCCGGACUGAAGCCUCUUCUCGACCGCUCGUCAGCACACAAGUCCGCCUUGGAGACAACAGAGAUUAGCCAUGAAGUUGAUUCAAAGUCUACGGAAUGAUAAUUAGUUUUGUGAGGGUUGGAGAUACGAUGGCGUCUUUUAGCUUGCCCAUCUCUAUAUAUAAUAGAUUGCAUUCGUGGUAGUUGACAUCACGUGUUGAUAAUUAUACAUUUACUUCAAGAAUCGACGUGUCUCAGCACUUUCAAAUUACA